AUGUACUUUGGCACUGCUACCAACCAGGAGCAAUGGUCUAACAAAGAAUACACUGAGUUAAUGCUCGAACAAUUCGGUUCUAUGACUCCUGCAAAUGUUCAAAAGUGGAUGUACACUGAACCGGAACAAGGCGUCUUUAAUUACACUGCUGGUGAUGAAUUCGCUAACUACGCAUUGAAGAACAAGAAAGUUCUUUUGUGUGAUACUCUUGUUUGGCAUCAACAGUAUCCUUCUUGGUUAGAUGAAAAGACAUGGACCAAGAAGGAUUUGCUUAAUGUAAUUUAUCAACACGUCUAUAAUGAAGUGAAACACUUCAAGGGUAGAUGUUUUUCUUGGAAUGUUGUCAACGAAGCUUUGAACGAAGAUGGAACUUGGAGACAAUCACUCUUCUACAACGUUACUGGUACUGAUUACAUUGAAACUGCUUUCCUUGCUGCUUCUGCCGCCGAUCCAAGAGCUCAACUUUACUACAAUGAUUACAAUAUCGAAUAUCCAGGUCCAAAGUCAGCUGCAGUAGAGAAUAUGGUCAAAUGGCUUAGGAGCAAGCACGUGAAAAUCGAUGCUGUUGGUCUUGAAUCUCAUUUCAUUGUUGGACAGGCAGCAACUGAAGCUCAGCAGCAGCAGCAGAUGCAAUCAUACAUUGAUUUGGGUGUUCAAGUUGUUGUUUCGGAACUCGAUGUUAGAUUUGAAACUCUACCACCUACUGAAGCUGGUCUUGCUCAACAAACUGUUGACUACCAAGCCUCUAUUAACGCUUGUAUUAAGGUAGGAAAGCAAUGUAUGGGUAUCUCGGUUUGGGACUUUGAUGAUGAGUACUCGUGGAUUCCAAGUUCCUUUGCUGGUCAAGGUGAUGCUGAUUUGUGGUACGCAAACUUUACUACAACUCCAGCUUACACUGGAGUUGUUUCUGCCCUUGAAGCAGGAAUUGAGAAGGGUUACAAAAGCAAGGAAAAGUUAAGAUUGUAA